CGGAAAUUGCCGAGUGAAAGGUGAAAACAAGCAAGAUGGCGGGUGUUUGUAGGCUGGCAAGGGUGACCAUGUCACCCUUGAUUAGACAAGGAGUUUCGAAUUUUAGGUGUGUCAGCACCACGGGAGUGCCACACAAGCAGGCAGCUGUGUCCGAGGACUUUCAGGAUGAUGAAAGAAGGGGUUGGCUGAAGAACCUGCUUCGUGUCAGAACACUCCCCACUAGCUCCGAGUCACACUCCAGUCAACUUUCAAGUAAAGAAACAGUCUAUGAGAUUCAGUUUCAUGCAGUGAAACCAGAAUCUAUGGAAGAUUAUUUAAAUCAGUUCCAGGAGUUUCAGGAGCUGUUGAAGAAGAAAGAUGCGGGUCAAAGUCUUGUAGGUAGCUUCACUGUGGAAAUUGGUGACCAGGACGAAGCAAUUCACAUAUGGGCAUUCAAGGGAGGCUAUCCUGUCCUCAACAGAGCAAAUCAAAUCUACAGAACAGACCAAGAUUUCAUAAAAUUUCGCAAGAAUCGUAACAAGAUGCUGCGAUCAAGGAGGAAUCAGAUCCUGCUUGCUUUUAGUUUCUGGCCUGAGCUCAAACCCAGAGAAGGCAAAAGCAUUUAUGAACUCAGGAGUUAUGUCCUUAAGCCGGGAACUAUGAUCGAGUGGGGCAAUAACUGGGCCCGAGGAAUCCAAGCUCGUCAAACUAACAAUGAACCAGUAGCAGGGUUCUUUUCACAGAUGGGAGAACUGUAUAAUGCUCACCAUAUCUGGGGCUACAAGGAUCUGCAGACUCGCAAGGAGACGAGAGAGGCGGCUUGGAGUCGGCCGGGAUGGGAUGAAUGUGUGUCCUAUACAGUCCCACUGAUCCGUCACAUGCAGUCUCGUAUCCUGAUCCCAACUCCAUUCUCCCUCUGCAGUAGUGGCCCUGGCUACUCUCCUGUGUGAACUGUAGUGCUUAGAGUCUGUGUGCUGCAGAUCACAGACAGGCACCACUGGUGGUUGCAAGUCUCUACAAUUGUAAUAUAUACAUAAUACAAGUGAUCUGACCUACAAA